AUGAUACAAGGUGGUGUAGUCACUAUUAUUGUUUUAAAAACACUUGUUAAUAAAAAUAGUUUAUCUGAUGAUCAUGAAGCAAGGAAUUUAUCUGAAGAAAUGGUCAACAUCAUUGAAAGUGAAGACACUCAUAAAGCAACAGCUUGGAUUGUUCCGUGUAGAUGUGAAUUUAAGAGGUAG